GACAGUUAUGUUCUUGUUUGCUUCAUGUAGUAGUAGACCCAUCGCACUUCGCUCUUACAUCAUCAACCAUUCAUGUACUUAUUCGACUUUGCUUUCUCAAAGUAAGAAUCGUGAGAACAACAUCAUCACGAUUCAACACCUUCAUUCUCUUCUCCACAGAAAUGAAUCAAACCCUAGAAUAAUCCACCAGCUCCAUUCUCAUUUCACCUCUGCCGGGCUUCUUCUCCUUCAUGGCAGACAAAACUCUGGAAAACUCUUUCUUUUCAAUCCUCUGCUUCGAUGCUACUCUCUUGGCGAAACACCUCUUCGUGCCUACUUUCUCUAUGAUCAACUCCAACAGCUCCAUUUCCUGUCUGAUCGCCGCCAGAGACUGCCUCCUUUCGAUAGUUUCACUUACCUCUUUCUCCUGAAAGCGACUUCGAAUCCGCGGUUCCCGUAUAUACCACUGGGAAUUGGAAUCCAUGGUUUGACGGUAAAAUUGGGUUUUGGAUUACAUGUCUACGUGCAGACAGCUUUGGUCGGUAUGUAUCUCGUCGCUGGAGACAUGGUCGAUGCUUAUAAAGUGUUCGACGGAAUGCCUGAGAGAAAUCCGGUGACUUGGAAUGUGAUGAUCACUGGCCUGACUAAUUUGGGAAAGUUCGAAAAAGCUCUUUGCUUUUUGGAGAAGAUGCCGAAUAGAACGGUAGUGUCUUGGACCACUAUCAUUGAUGGGCUUGCACGAGUAAACAAAUCCAAGGAAGCUAUACUCUUGUUCUCGAGGAUGGUUGCUUGUGACGCCAUAAAGCCCAACGAGAUCACCGUCCUCGCGAUUCUCCCAGCUGUUUGGAACUUUGGAGAUACAAGAAUGUGCGGAUCGCUUCAUGCUUAUGUUGUGAAAAAAGGGUUUGUUCCGUGUGACAUCCGUGUGACAAACUCCCUCAUCGACGCUUAUGCAAAAUGUGGGUGUAUCCAAAGCGCAUUGAAGUUUUUCUUGGAGAUCCCAAACGAAAGAAAGAAUCUUGUAUCAUGGACAACGAUGAUCUCGGCGUUUGCAAUGCACGGGAUAGGCAAAGAAGCGGUCAGUAUGUUCAGAGACAUGGAAAGAUUCGGAUUGAACCCGAACAGAGUGACCAUGAUCAGUGUUUUGAACGCUUGCAGCCAUGGAGGCUUAGCGGAAGAAGAGUUUCUAGAGUUUUUCAACAAGAUGGUAAGCAAAUACAAGAUCACACCGGACGUGAAGCACUAUGGUUGUCUAGUCGAUAUGCUUAGAAGAAAAGGAAGAUUAGAAGAAGCAGAGAAGAUCGCUUUGGAGAUUCCAACCGAGCAAAAGGCUGUGGUUUGGAGAAUGCUGCUUGGAGCGUGUAGCGUUUAUGAUGAUCCUGAAAUGGCAGAGAGGAUUACUAGGAAGCUAAUGGAAUUGGAGAGAAGCCAUGGAGGAGACUAUGUGCUGAUGUCUAACAUCUUUUGCGGUAUUGGAAGAUUUACAGAUGCCCAGAGAUUUCGAAAACUGAUGGAUGUUAGAGGUGUAGCUAAACUUCCAGGACAAUCACAAUUGACAUAACACAACAUGUAAGAAACUUCUCUUUUUUUAAGUCUUGUAAUUAAGACUAUUAUCUUCAAUAAAAGAAGGUGCUUCGUUCAAUG